AUGGUGUCUCGACACGGCGUGAUCGAAAAGAUGACGGGAGCCAAGCGACCGGCUGGUGCCCCAGCGUUCCACUCCGCUCUGUCGUACGGCAAACGAGGCGACGAUGACAGCGCCGAAGUAGAGCGCCGAGCCUACCACUCGGCCCUGCCCUUCGGCAAGAGAACACCCAUCGAGAAACGCGCCUACCACACAGGUCUCCCCUUCGGAAAGAGGGACGACGAAGCCGCCGAACAAGACGCCAUGAUGGAGAGGCGUGGCUUCAACUCGGCCCUGAUGUUCGGUAAACGACUACACAGUGCUCUACCGUUCGGUAAGCGCGGCUACCACAGUGCUCUGCCGUUCGGGAAGAGAUUGGAUACCACUGAUGAAGGAGAUAUCAUCGAGAGAAGAGGUUACCAUAGCGGGCUACCGUUCGGCAAGCGCGCUACUGACGAUGAAGCCGUUAAUGACAUACUAGACCAAUUAAGAAGCGAAGAGAAUUGACUUUUAUAAAGAACUGUAAUCCUUAAAAAUCAGCUUAUAUACUAAUCUAACAGUGCUUAGGAUACGACAAUAUCGGUUGGUGAUCAGUUUAGUUACCUUACAAAACCCUCUCUCAACUAGUCAUAUCAACCUUAGCGAGGACAACGCGGGUUACACAAUGUUUCGCAUACUUAAAAAAAGUUAUUAAAUACCUAAUUUACCAUUAACAGUACUGUCAUAGUGUUAACACUGCUUUAAUUUGAGUGUAAUUACUUAUUUUCUAAAAUGCUUCUAAAACGGCCAACUUGUACGUCACAGGACAAAACAUUAAAGGUAUUAGGUUAAAUAAAGUUCGUAGCCGUAGCAAGUUUAUCUAUUUCAACAGUUGGGCGAAAUCGACACUAUCGAGUAACUGCUUUUAAGUUUGAUAUGAAAACAAAAUAUUCGUGUAGUCACAUUUUGUUUAAGGCACUUUUAGGCAAAAUCUGCUUUGGAUUAAAACUCAAAUGUAUAGCUGGAAUGAUGGCUAGGGUUAAAAUGGUUGCAAAGUGUUCAUAACCAACCACUAUCUGGUUUCAAGCCAAUAAAUUCAAAAAGAGGAAGUGUUCAUAAUCCCUCUUUAGAGCAUUUAAACACAGAGGAAUGGUGUUUGUUUUCGUGGUAAAAAAACAACGAGAAAACCAACCUACGCAAGUUUUUUUUUAAACAUCCCAGUAAACUAAACACAGGCAAUAAAGAACCCUCUUAAAAACAGAGUUUCCUGGCCUAGUCCUUGUUUCUAUAAAUAACAGAAGAACUGGAGUCGGGGCCCGUCAUAAUAUUUGUUCCUAAAAAUUGUGGUUGGGUAUUAGCUCUGCUCAGAAACAUGGUAAAAGCAAACUCUACCAUGGUGUUAAAACUCCGAUCAAUCCCAAGGGAUUAGAGAUUUCAAACUAUUAUUGCCAGGUUUGGUCGGAUGGAGAGUGUUCUUAGCAUGUAUCAUUACCUCUGGAGACAGUCUAAUG